UAUACACAGGGGCCCUCGAGCUGCCCAGCUUCCUUAGUUUUCACAACCCCAAGUCCUCCAUCUCCGAGGCAAUAGAGCUACUAUGUAUUAAGCACUUACUAUCCGACGGGUGCACUAGCUUCCAUGGCCUGAUGAUAGUGGAAUAUCGCGAGUAGUGGAAGCCGAGGGAGCCCAGUUAUCUGUUAGCUACUAAGUAGUAUUGCAUUUUCACGGCUUUACCUGGGCUAAAUAGUCUCUAGGCUGUCUAGUGUUUGCACUAAACAGCCGACCAACCCAGCACCCCAGCCUCGACCGAGCGAGCGCGAGGUAUACAAGGCGAUGCGUCGCCGACGAUCAGAGAGUGCUGUUAGUAGGUGAAGCAAAACUGCUUUCCCCUCAUUCCUUUCGCUUCACUCGCUCUCGACUUGCCACUUUGGCGUCAUCCGUUCCUUACCCUCUCCCAUCUACCUGUUAGCGACGAUGCGCGGUCCCAUUUACGCGGCGACCUUCGCCGCUGCUCUUUUUGGUGCGCCAGUGACGGCCACCGGUUAUGGACACCAUGGCCACCAUGGCCACAGCAAGCCUGAUUCUCAGCGCAUGGCGUCGAGCAUCAUCGCCCGCGGCCAGGGCAUCAUGACGGGCUUGGGAGGGUCAUCCGAAGCCCUGCAGGCUGGCUUUGUCCAGAAGGCCUUUACUGCGCUUUCCGAGUACUACCACAAGUCGGGUGAGCCUUACGCACAGUAUGUUCGUGAGAGCACUACAUCCGCCACUCAAUUCCUGGCAAACGCGAGCAACAAUGCGCUCUCUUAUCCCAUGGACCGGCUAUCCAACGGCAAUGCUGUUUUGGCUUUUUCGCAUGGCAAAGGUCACGAGAGUUACCGCGCCACAGCGGAGGCUCUGCGAGAAAGCAUCGACCUGAACCGCCGAAACGCGGAGGGCGGCUUGUGGUACUUCGUGUACCCGUACUGGAGCUACCUGGAUGGCAUGUACUCUCUGGGACCAUUUUACUCUCUCUACACGUUCGCGACGACGCAAAUUAGCAGCAACAGCAGAGUAAAGGCCCUAGAUGACCUGCUUUAUCAGUUUGAGACUCUCUGGGAGCAUUGCCACCAUCACUCAACUGGUCUGCUCACUCAUGGCUACGAUUUCACGAAAACAGCCGUCUGGGCUGACCCGGAGACGGGAGCUAGCCCUUACGUAUGGGGUAGAAGUCUUGGCUGGUACACUAUGGCCCUGGUUGACACUCUCGAAAUUCUGGAAAGGGAAAAUGCUCCCCACAAGUAUAGAAAGGCAUUUCUGGAGAAAUUCCAGACGCUGAUGCCUGCUGUUGUCAAGGCCGUCGAUAAGUGCACUGGCGGAUGGUGGCAGGUCGUAGACCAGCCUCGACGCGAGGGCAACUACAUCGAGUCGAGCGGCACCGCGAUGUUCGCCUACUCUCUGCUGAAGGGUUCCCGAUUGGGGUACCUGCCACACAAAUUCACCCCAGCAGCUAAGAAAGUAGCAAUCCGGGCCCAGAAAUACCUUACCAAGCACUUCGUGGUUGAGGAGGCCGAUGGAACUGUUGGUUACAACGGAACCGUGGCUGUAUGCAGUCUGAACUCGACUGCAUCCUACGAUUACUACACUCACCAGCCUAUCCUUUACAACAGCGUUCUUGGCUCUGCUGCAUAUAUUCUCGCCUCGCUUGAAGUCGAGAGACUCGGCCACUAAGUGUGGUGAUACUGCGUGACCAAGAGACGUUCGACCCUAAUAAUUCUAAAAUUAGAUUUUAUAAUCGCAAGAUAGGUCGGGUUCCCCCUUCACCCGUCAAUUAUAUAAUCAUGUACUGUUAUCUACUACAAUCAACAUCUACUUUUAUCUAAGAGGAAUUCGCCUCCCCAAGAGAAUAAGACACGCAAUGAAACAUG